AGGUGGGACCCGAACACUCUCCAGGGCCCCCGAAGGCCUGCAUGGCGUACAGGGGUGGGAAGGGGUGGGCGCUCCAUCCAUCCACCCCCACUGCUCCCACAAAGCCCUUCUCUUCCCAGCUGUGGCCACUGCAAGCACAAUGAGCCGUGCUCUCCAGAUACGGGCAGCUGUGAGUCCUGCGAGCCGGGCUGGAACGGAACCCAGUGCCAACAGCCCUGCCUGCCUGGCACCUUUGGCGAGAGCUGCGGACAGCAGUGCUCUCACUGCCGACAUGGGGAGGCCUGUCAGCCGGAUACUGGCCACUGUCAGCGCUGUGACCCUGGCUGGCUGGGGCCCAGGUGUGAAGACCCCUGCCCCACUGGCACCUUUGGGGAAGACUGUGGCUCUACCUGCCCCACCUGUGUUCAGGGGGCUUGUGACGCUGUGACAGGGGAAUGUGUCUGCAGUGCCGGCUACUGGGGGCCCAGCUGCAACGCCUCCUGCCCAGCCGGCUUCCAUGGACACAACUGCUCAGUUCCCUGUGAAUGCCCAGAGGGACCCUGCCACCCUGUCUCCGGGUCCUGCCAGCCGGGCUCUCGCAGUCGGGACGCCACCCUUAUCGCAAGCAGCCUUGUGCCUCUGCUGCUGCUGUUCCUGGGCCUCGCCUGCUGUGCCUGCUGCUGCUGGGCCACCCGGUCAGACCUCAAGGACAGGCCAGCAAGAGAUAGAGCUACCGUGUCCAGGAUGAAGAUGCAGGUCUGGGGAACACUGACCAGCUUAGGCUCCACACUGCCCUGCGGUUCCCUCAGCUCCCACAAGCUACCCUGGGUGACAGUUUCACAUCACGACCCGGAGGUCCCCUUCAACCACAGCUUCAUCGAGCCGCCCUCUGCCGGCUGGGCCUCCGAUGACUCCUUCUCAUCCGAUCCUGAGUCUGCAGAGGCAGACGAGGUUCCUGCCUACUGUGUGCCGCCCCACGAAGGGAUGGUCCCUGUGGCCCAGGCAGAGUCGUCGGAGGCCAGCCUGGCUGGAGGUGCUUUCCCGCCCCCGGAGGACGCCUCCACGCCAUUCGCCAUCCCACGCACCUCCAGUCUAGCUCGGGCCAAGCGGCCAUCGGUCUCCUUUGCUGAAGGUACCAAGUUUGCGCCGCAGAGUCGCCGAGGCUCGGGGGAGCUCUCCAGCCCGCUCCGAAAGCCCAAGAGGCUCUCCCGGGGGGCACAAUUAGGUCCUGAGGGCCGGGAAGCCGAAGAGUCCCCAGGCCUGGAGGAAGCAGAAACAGAUGAGUCCCUUCCUGCGGCUGCCAGUCCAGGAGAUUCAGCCACUGGCCACCGACGGCCCCCACUUGGUGGCCGGACAGUGGCUGAGCACGUGGAAGCCAUUGAGGGCAGUGUCCAGGAGAGCUCAGGCCCUGUGACCACGGUCUACAUGCUGGUGGGGACGCCCCGGGGAUCUGAAGGCCCUGUCCGCUCUGUCUUCCGCCAUUUUGGUGGCUUUCAGAAAGGCCAGGCAGAACCCAAGGUCAAGAGGGCCAUCCCUAAGCCUCCACGCCAGGCCCUGAAUCGGAAAAAGGGCAGCCCUGGCCUGGCCUCUGGCUCUGUCAGCCAGAGCCCCAACUCAGCCCCAAAAGCUCGGCUUCCUGGGGCCACAGGGCCUAUGGCAGUCAGACCAGAGGAAGUGGCCCGGGGGCUGGGGGCUGGCACGGAGAGUUCAGGGAGGGCCCAGGAGCCAGUCUCUGGGGCUGGCUUCCCGAAACAGGAUCCCCAGAAGCAGGCUGAAGAGGAAAGGCAGGAGGAACCUGAGUAUGAGAAUGUUGUAGCCAUCUCCAGGCCACCAGAACCCUGACGACCUUGCAUUUGGGGAGUGAGGAGACUGAAUGGGAUCAGAGCUGCCAUGGACUAGACUGUGCUGUAUGCUGGAAAAUGAUCCAGGACAGACAGACCAGAGCCUCUGCCCCUCCACAGGCAAAAGGCAAGGCUUCCAGGCCAGUUGGCCCAGGGCCCUGGUGGUGCUCCCAGAGGGGGCCUAGAAGGCCCGAGCAGAGACCCUGCAGGAUGGGGUCAGGAAGGGUUGCCUGCAGGGACUUCUCCUCUGCUGUCCUGGACCCUGUGUGCCUCAUAAGGGCUAUUCUUUCUUUCAUGUGCAAAACAUUUUUCUGAAAUGACAACCUACGUGUUUACUGAUAAAAGAUUGGCUAAACAAAUAUUUCUUUUUUGUUGUUGUUUGUUUUGUUUUGUUUUUGAGACAGAGUCUCGCUCUGUCCCCCAGGCUGGAGUGCAGUGGCGCAAUCUUGGCUCACUGCAAGCUCCACCUGCCAGAUUCACGCCAUUCUCCUGCCUCAGCCUCCCGAGUAGCUGGGGCUACAGGUGCCCACCACCAUGCCCGGCUAGUUUUUUUUUUUUAUUUUUAGUAGAGAUGGGGUUUCACCAUGUUAGCCAGGAUGGUCUCGAU